AUGGGUGGGGAAAUGAUGGGGGGAGAUAGUAUAAGGAGUGGUCUAGGGAGGACGGAGGAAGGAGGAAGGAGGAAAGAGGAGGGAGGAGAAUUGUUGCGGAUUCGAAGUUGGAUUACAGUGGAUUCGAAGUUGGAUUGGAAUGGGAUGGAAUGGAAUAGAAUGGGAUUAAGAGUAGAAGGAUCUGAGAUUGAAGGAGGAGCAGAAGGAGGAGCAGAAGGAGAAGCAGAAGCAGAAGCAGAAGCAGAAGCAGAAGCAGAAGCAGAAGCAGAAGCAGAAGCAGAAGCAGAAGCAGAAGCAGAAGCAGAAGCAGAAGCAGAAGCAGAAGCAGAAGCAGAAGCAGAAGCAGAAGCAGAAGCAGAAGCAGAAGCAGAAGCAGAAGCAGAAGCAGAAGCAGAAGCAGAAGUAGAAGCAGAAGCAGAAGCAGAAGGAGGAGCAGAAGGAGGAGCAGAAGGAGGAGCAGAAGGAGGAGCAGAAGCAGAAGCAAGAGUAAAAUCUCACCAGACCUCUUUAUCGCGAAUGGAUGUGGAUAUGGAUGUGGAUAUGAAUAAGAGAGUAUAUGAAAUGAAAUGA